AUGGGCCACGGCGAGGAAAUAGUUGUCAUAGACGAUGAUUCCCGCUCCGUAAUGGGACUUUGCACCAAGGCCGAGGAAGAUUCAGAAGUUUCUGUUCUCGCAACGUACAACGAUCGACAGAACGUGGCGAUGAAGAAGCGGUCAGUCGAUCUAAAGCAGGCUACAGCACACUUCAUCAGCGCAGUUCGCGAUCUCAAUGCCAACACGGGAUCAUCUGGUAAGGCUAUGGAUUUGCUACGUUGCGCAAACAUAGACGAGAACGCCAUCGACACAAGGGACUUUACCGAAGCCAUGACGACUUAG